GAGGUCAGGAAGAAACGUUCUGAGUCAUUCGUAGUCACUUCUCUGUUUAGAUGUGCGUGCAGUGUACAAUUUUAUGCCAAGUCAGACUUUGCCAUCUGACAGCCAUAAAUAAGUGACGACAGCAUACGGCAGAAAAGUAAUCAUAAAUGAUUAUGUCUCAUAAUGUUUAUGAAGUAUGAAAGCGUUCACACCUUUAUUACAUGAAAGAAAUUGUCACGAGAAUGAUGGUAAAAACUAGCAGCGGCUCUGUGAAAGACCUUGAAGUCCUAGGAAGGAGUCGUCUGAGUUCUGAAGUUGGCGUCACUGACAUGUCAUCUAAGAGGAAGAAGAAAAGCAAACGAUUGACAGGACGAAGUAAAUCACUUACAGAUACGAGCUCCAGCAGCAAGCCGUUCUUCUCAGAUGAUAGCCGAAACGUCGGGCGACACGGCCAGCCGUACCUGAGACGCAUCCCCACCCAGGACGAUAUUUACAAGAUUCUGUCUGAGACCAGUGACAUCAGAAGGCCAUCAACUUCAACAGGGGGGCAAAAAAUAUUAUCUCCAUAUGAGCCUUUGCCGGCCAUUGGAGAAAAGUUUAAACCAAUAAAUAACAGUGACGAUGAAGUGUCAGAAAGUCGUGAUUCCAUUUCAGUGACGUCGAAUGACGACAAUGCACAGAAACUCACCAGGGAAGGAACUUACAACGUAUUGAAACCAAAGUUCGUUAAAGGCCCCGUUGUUAGUUUUGCCUUUCAAAACACAGAUGGCAGAUUCAAAGAAAUGAAACAAAAGAAGAAAGAAAUAGCGGAAUCUCAGAAUCAGCUUAAACAGUCGUCUGGUACAGCGGCUUUCGGACCUCGGUUACCCAAAGAGGAUGAAAAUGUUAUUGAAGGCGAUCCAGCGGCUACCCAGCUGCAAGGGAAUACCUCACUCGUCGUCCCUUCAAAUUUCGAAGUUCAAGAUAAGAAAAGCGAGUCAUCGAGUCAAGCAAAGAACUUUCCAAUGCAAAAACUUUAUCAUCGAGACAAGGAAAAGACCGACAGUCGGCGGCUUGCAAUUUCUUUGAUCGGCGUGAGUGGAAACGAGGGGGCACACGAUAAACCGAAAGCGCAAAAUGCCCUUUGGUUUGAUUAGUGAGCCUUCCCUAGUCCUGUUCUAAUAUUUACAAAUUUUAACAAGUCACUCGCUGUUUAUACAGCGCGCGACUUAUUUCAUUCGUAACAAUUACAAACUUGUUGCGAGUUUUUCGACUUCCUAUGCCGAUUGUGGAUUGGGGCAUUCUCGUUUGUGUCGCCGUGUAGUCUUGUAGGUUGUUGCUGAUGUUUCGGAGCAACUUACCGCUUCCAUAUUCAUGAUAUUAUAAACUCACUUCAGUCCUCAAGAUGGAGGCAGUAUGUUCCUCUGUAACGUCGGUACAGGACAGAAUCAUUAGUAAGGUUAAAGUCUGAAAUUGCUUUUAAAAGUAAAAGGCUGGAAGAAAAAUGAAUAAUGAGGACCUUCGUAAUUUGUGGUUGUCGCUGAAUAUUAUCGAUAUUACUGGUCGCUGUUUGAGUCGAACAAACUUUCAUUUCAUUGUUUGUGUCUAUAUUACUACCUGGUCGUUGCUAAGGACGCUUCAACGACAACAUCGCGUGACAGAAGGCAGUUGUAAUUCCCAGAGAGAGCAACGUAAAAAAUAAAAUUCUUAUGCAUUGUAGUAA